AUGAAGAACCUAAAACUCAGAGAUGUAAAAGUAACAAGCCUGGAGGUCCAGGACUCUUCUGUGGAAGUGGAAGAAGAAGAAGAGAUUCUAAUCAAUAAUGAAGACAAAGCUAAGGAAAGCACGGUGGUGCAUGGGACCAUGCUGGCAAUCGAUGUUCAGCAAAGAGAAAAUGGGACAGCUGUGAUGGCAGCAUGGGCCAAGCUGGUGGCAGAUGCUCAGGCCAGGAUGAGAGCAGCAUCCCAAGGGCUUACCCUGAUACAACCAGAGAGCUUUGAGGAAGCUGUUACACAUAUUCCAAAGAAAACGAAGUCCACUGCAGUUGACUCGACACUUCUGAAAUCCCAGAAUGAUGAAGUUCCUCCUAUGCCCACCCCUCUGCCUCCUCUGCACAGCUUAUCCCGAAAUAAUCUUCAGGCCUGGUGCCAGAGACUCAAUAUCAGUAAAAAUGGCCGGAAGCACAUUCUGUACAAGAGACUUUUGGAGCAUGUGUCACCAUCUGAGCAAGACACCCCCAGCAUGGAAGAAAAGGCCCAGUGGAUAAAAAUCAAAACGGAAACUUCAGUUGAGGAAGAUUGUCCAGGUGAAAGUGAGAUGGUGGCUAAAGCAGCAGACACACUGACAAAUAAGAAAAAGAAAAGAGAGGCAACAAAGACCGCUCUCGUCCAGACGGCCAAAAUGGCAGCAUGGGGCAGGCUCAUGGCAACAGUGAAGUCCAAGGCUAUGUGGCCCACUCCCACAUCUUCUGAGGCUACCAUGUCCGAGCAAUUAGAUUCCCCACGAUGGUGUGUAGUACAUGGUGAAGCUUUUCCUAAUGAUGUCCCUGGUUUAGUUCCUUUGGAAUUCCAUGGUGGACAGACCUGGGUACCUGAAAAUGACAUAUUGAUCCCUCUCUUGUUAUUACCCACCUGCUCUUUUCCACCCCCGGAAGUAGAAGACAAUUGGUUGUGCCCCAAAUGUGUCUGCAGGAACAAAAUCCUGAUGGACAAUUUUCUGUGA